GGACUGUUUUAAGUCCCCACUAAAAAAAAAAAAAAAUGUCACCAUCCAGCACACUAAAACUUUCUUUUUCUUCUUUACACACACACACACACACAGAUGAGCAUACAAUACAGUGAAUACCAAUCCGAACUCCAAUUACCCGAGAUUAUUCACCUCAUCGAAAACGACUUGUCAGAACCUUAUUCGGUUUACACCUACCGUUACUUUAUCCACAACUGGCCCAACCUCUGCUUCUUGGCUAUGGAUGGGGAUACUUAUGUAGGCGUCAUUAUAUGUAAAUUGGAUAGACACAAGGAUAGACUCAGAGGUUACAUUGCCAUGUUGGCCGUCUCCAAAACUCAUCGCAAAAAAUCCAUUGGUUCCAACCUUGUCAAACAAGCCAUUCGUGCCAUGAAGGCCAUGGAUGCUGAUGAGGUGGUGCUGGAGACAGAAUUCACCAAUUUGGGAGCAUUAGGAUUAUAUCAACGCUUAGGAUUUAUCAAGGACAAACGACUUUAUCGUUACUAUCUCAAUGGCGUCGAUGCAUUUCGACUUAAACUCUUUUGCAAAACCAUGGUCCAAGAUUAAAUUUAAUUAAAAAAAAAAUAUAUAUAUAUAUGU